AUGGAACCAUCCGGUUCAGGAGCAGCACAACCGGGCGAGGACGACCACGGCCAAGAACCGGCCCAUGACCGCCCCUGCGCCUCCAAUGGCGUCCCGAGCGCUGCUGCUGCUGCGCCGCCGCCUCCCCGCGCGACGCCUCUCCGCCUCGAGCAGGCCGGAGGCGGCGCCGACGGGUCGAGCUCCGCCGCGGCGGGGGGCGACCUGAAGGGCGAGGGGGCGCUGCCGCCCAAGGUCAUUCCUUCUCCUCCGUGCUCCGCGGGCAGCGGCGGCUCCUCCGCCCCCUCCCUCGACCACGCCACGGCAUUGAGAGCCGGGGCCUUCGGAGUUGGGGGAGCCGACCCUCGCGGCGGGCAGCGGGGACGCGCGGGUGAUGUGGAACGACCCCGUGGUGGCGGGGACGUGGGAGGCGCCCCACGCGGCGGCGCAUCCGUCCGACCCCAAGCUGGUGUCCAGGCGGCCGUCGGCAAGGAGAACAGGCCAUGGGGACAGCAGUUCAACUCGUUGCGCGCGGGAGAGGCGAUGCAUAGGAAGGAACAGGAGAAACUAUCACAAGUAAAGGCUGUGGUAAAGGUGAGACCCAAGCAGGACAAACUUUUUUCGAAAAAGGGCGCCAAGCUGGACAAACUACUGCUAGUAAAGGGGAAAUCGAUCCCGAGUCGGCUUAAGAGCAAGAUUUUUCGUGGAAAAGGAAGGGGAAUAUGUCCAGAACAUGUGAAGCACCAGACACUUCGCAUAUCUGAAGUCAGAAGGCACUAUAAGCUUACUUAUGACGAGGCAAACCAUCUUCAUGCUUAUUCAGAAUGUAGACCGGUGAUUGGAGAUGGGGAGUGUUUCUACAGGAGCUUCAUAUUUUCAUACCUUGAGCAAGUUAUUGAUAGGCAGGACACACAUGAGGAACACCGUCUCCUUAGAAGAGUGUCUACACAACGUGCAAAUCUUCAAUGGGACUCUGAGUUUUCCCGGAGCAGAAGAGCAUUUAAGGAGCUGAUUGAGAACGUAAUGAAAUGGAAGAGCAGGGAAUCAACUAGCAGUCGCCGUAAAGAGAAACUUCUCAAGUUCUUCAGCACGUAUGAUACGACGCAAGACAUUUUUGUUUUCCUCAGAUUACUAGUAGCUAUCCAGAUAUGCUCGCACAGGGAGGUGUAUGAACCGAUUAUACAAGGGCCCGGAGGAAAUUACAGUCUGGAAGUUUGGUGCUUGCAGCACGUCAUUCCAGCUCGUGUGUACGCGGACCAUGUUAUGAUGGUGGCUUUGGCCAGAGCGCUUGAGGUCCCCCUCAGAGUGGAAUCACUCCAACGAGGAUAUGCUCCAGAUAUCUACACUGGUCCUGGAGUUCCCCGUCCAAGCGUGACCCUGCUGUACACGGGUGAUCACUACGACAUCAUCUACCCACGUGCUCCUUCUGCUGAGAGUUCAAGUCAUCGGGCUUCCCAGGGAGAACAUCCUGGUGAUCAGAGUUCAAGUCAUCAGGCUUCCCAGAGAAAACAUCCUGGUGAUCAGAGUUCAAGUCAACGGACUUUCUAG